AUGUAUGAUUUCAACCAAUGUGAUCCAAAACGAUGUUCGGGAAGGAAGCUGUUACGAGCUGGAUUAAUUACUGAAGUACGGCUUGGUAGUCGUUUCCCCGGACUUGUCCUGAGCCCUACAGGUACGGCAACGUUAGCGCCUUCCGAUCGUGACUUCAUAGAACAGUAUGGGUUGGGAGUGGUUGACUGCUCUUGGAAAGAGGUUGAACGAACUCCACUUCAUAAG